AUGCUUCUGUGGCUGGCAGGUCUAGGCUUGGUCACCGCCUCAAUCACCAUUCCGCUCUCACCCGUCGCGCCACUACCGCUCUCUCACCAAGGCGCAGCGACUUCGGUCGACGAUUUGUUUAGGAGAAGUUGCCCCGAGGAAGUCGCCUCCUCGAAUCCAUACAAGCCUUCUCUUCUCGCAUCCUCAUUCUCCAAUGAUGUAUUUUCUACAGGGCGUGUAUUUCCCUCUUCGGGCGGGUUUAUACGAGGCGCUGUUGAAGCAUGGGCUCAGCAUCAGCAUCUCGUGUUGAGGCCUGAAGAGGUCUGGUUUGAGGUACUUGUACAGAUGAAUCUCUACAUGAGUGUCCAUUCCGAGAAAGUCAGAAGUUUAUUCGUUGAGCAUGAAGGUGGAAAGAAAAAGAUCGUCGUCGAGGGGAAUUCGUGGGAUGAUAUGGUCGUCGGUUUUAGUGACGAGAUUGACAAGCGUGUCAAGCCAAAAUGGCUGAAGGACUGGAUCAUGCCUGGCUUCAGCACUUCCACCCCCAAAGACGAUGUUACUGCCGCAGUACUCAUGAUGGGUCUUAUGAAGCAGUUCUUUGACUUUGAGGGAUGGUUAGUCUGCGGUAUACCCAGUGUCACGCUACUCGGCACGAAAGAAGACUGGGUUAAGCUCGAAGCCAAGCUGGACUAUCUCAAAGAAUUUGGUCCAGAUCCCGAAUUGUUUGCAGAGAUGCUGAGGCCAAUAAUGAAGAGGUUCGUUAGUUCGUGGGAUGAUGCACACGCAGAAGAAACAAAAUUGUUUUGGGAGCAGAUUGUGAGAGUGAAGAAGCAGUGGUCCUGUGGAGAGGGAGCAAACGAGUGGGGUGUUAGCGGCUGGAUAACGGGGUUUGACUUUUUUGAAAGGAAUGGAUGGAGGAGAGGGUAUGAUGCAUGGGAGGAUUAUGAUGACGAUGAGGAGGAAAAGGAAACUGUCAAGGAAGAACCCCGGAUGGGUAUAUAUCCUAACGAUUGGACCCUCAUCAUGGAUGGACAACAGUACCUUCCUCUGUCUUUGUCAGACGUUUCUACAGGCUACGCAAAAGCACCCGUAACGAUGAAGGGUUAUCCUCAUCCAGGAGUUGACAUGGAAGCUUACAUACUCGCUGGAAACGUUGGAGUGGAGAGGAUGGAAGAAGGAGGCAAAGUCACGGCACAGCCUGUUAGUGGGUGGUUCGCGUAUGGACCAGUGAACUCGAAUGAUACUGUUGGACCGUUCAUUGGGAACGGGAACGAGCUGGAGAGUAUUGCUGUCGGUAUUGAGGACUGUAAAGCUACCAAGAAAGAAGAAGAAGAAGAAGAAGAAGAAGAAGAAGAAGAAGAAGAAGAAGAAGAAGAAGAAGAAGAAGAAGAAGAAGUGAAGGAUCUAUAG